AUGGACAGAAGGAAUUUGACAGUGCUAAAGGAGUUUGUUCUGACUGGCAUCACAGAACACCCUGAUCUUCGGGUCCUCUUCUUUAGACUGUUCCUUGUUGUCUAUGUAACCUCAGUGGUGGGAAAUUUGGGCAUGAUCACCCUCACCAAAAUGGACAACAGACUGCAAACACACAUGUACUUUUUUCUCAGACAUCUGGCUUUCAUUGAUCUUGGUUCCUCAACUGCUGUGGGACCCAAGAUGUUGGCAAAUCUUAUAGCUAAUCAAAAUACAAUUCCCUACCACUGGUGUGCCACCCAACUAGCAUUCUUCAUAACGUUCACCAUUAGUGAACUUUUCAUUCUGUCAGCAACGGCCUAUGACCGCUACAUGGCCAUCUGCAAACCUGUGCUCUACACAGUGAUCAUGGCACACAAAGCAUGCUGGGUGCUGGUGAUAAUCCCUUAUCCCUACAGUGCUUUUCUUUCUCUGAUAACAAUCAUAAAAAUUUUCAUUUCAUCCUUUUGUGGCAAUAAUGUCAUUAGUCAUUUCUACUGUGACGGUCUUCCUUUGUUGACUUUGAUUUGCUCAAGCACACGAGAAGUUGAGUUGAUAGUCCUGAUCUUUUCAGCAUUUAAUUUAGUUGGUUCUCUUCUGAUAGUCCUUGUUUCCUACAUUCUGAUCCUUGUAGCCAUCCUCAGAAUGAAUUCAGCAGAUGGUAGACACAAGGCCUGCUCUACCUGUGGGUCUCACCUUACAGUGGUGGCUGUGUUAUAUGGGACCCUAUUCUUUAUGUAUGUACAGCCCAAGUCCAGCCAUUCCUUCAAUACUGAUCAGUUGGCCUCAGUAUUUUACACUCUGUUUGUUCCCAUGCUGAAUCCCAUGAUCUACAGUAUGAGGAACAAAGAGGUAAAAGGUGCCCUGCACAGGAUACGGAACAAUCUGUGCAAACUUUUUCUGUAA